CCCUUCGAUAACACUCUGCCCUCAUUUGUGCACUCGCCCAGCUUCUCCUUGGCGGCGGCAACUACGACGGCCGCGCCUUAUUCGAGCGAUUCCUAAGGAAAGUGGAAGAAAGAAAGGGCGUGGGAAGAAAUGAAGGAAUUCCAGGUGAACGGUUCCACCUCUCUCUCCCUCGCUCUCUUCACCGACGUUACCAAUAGCAGGCAACUUCUUGACUUUGUACAGACAGGAAAACUUGAACCAGAAGUAGCACUUUUAAAUGCAUCGCUAGUACCGGACAUUUUCCCUGUUUUAGCGGCUGCACAUAAGGCACUUCUAUCCAAAUCAAGGGAAUCACUCACUACACGAACUCUUCAUUCAGAACUGAUCUAUAACUACUCAGGAUCCAAACAUAUUUCUGAAUCCUUGAAGCGAUGUGGUAUUUCUGAUGAUACAACAUAUGUUCUUGCAGCACGAUUUGCUGCAUCUCAAGAUGAGAUGAAAGAUGUGGCAGAGCUGAUAAAUGGGAAAGAGGUUGAUCUGGCAGAGUUGGAGACUAAAGCGAAUCUUACACACAUUUUAAAGCAUUAUAAGAUAACACCAGAGGAAUUGGCAAUAUCUUCAUUGUCUGAUGCAAUUGUCUGUAGGAUUGCUGCUCGAGAUGCUCUAUAAAGAUUGAAUAUGCCAAGCUAGAUGGCCCUUUUCCUAUUUCGUUCUCCCUCUUUGUUUUGUUUGCAUUUAGUUAUGUAUAAUUUACAGUUUGGUACUACGCUUAGAGUGUACCAGUUCUUUCUAGUGAACUAUUGAGUCUUGAGAUGGAGAACAAAUUCCUAUGAUCUUCUAUUUAUGAACCAUUGAAAGGCAUGUUGUGAUUGAGCUGAAGAAUUUGUUGGAGAAGCAGUGGGAGAUUUUUCAUCAUUGAAA